CGAAAUAACCGCCCUCAUCAUCGUUGAUUCAAAUACAGUAAGCGAAGUCCUAGUUCUGCUUCCAGUUUGUUACCCGAAACUAAAGAAUCUUUUGCAACUGAAAAAACGAUCACAAAGUAUAUUAUUUGAACUUCCAAUGGCCACUCUUCUUCUUCAACUCCAUUCCCAAACCCUAACCCUAACCCUAAUCCACAUUUCUCCAAUUCCAAACCCUCAACAACAAUGCUUCACCAAUCUCAACCCUCUUCGCCGCCAUCUCCCUCCUCCUCGCUCCUCUCCCUCUCCUUCAACCAAGACCACACCUGCUUCUCCGCCUCAACGAAAACUGGAUUUCGUGUCUUCAGUUGCGAUCCCCUCCGUCAGCUUUUCCGACGAGUAUUCCCCGGUGUCGGUUUCAGCCACGUCGAGAUGCUUCACCAGACUAACAUACUGGCUCUAGUCGGUGGCGGGUUGCAUCCUCAGUUCCCUCGUAGUAGUGUCGUAAUCUGGGAUGACUACCGCUGUGAGUCCGUCGGUAUGUUAUCCUUUCGAAGUGCUGUUCGUGGAGUUCGUCUCCGGCAGGAUUGGAUUGUGGUGGUAUUGGAGUUUAUGGUUUUUGUUUACAGAUUCGUGGACUUGAAGGUUCUUUGUCAGUUUGGAACCUGUGAGAACCCUAAGGGGCUCUGCGUUGUUUCGCAGCUCAAAGAGUCGAUGGUGCUGGUGUGUCCGGGAUUGCAGAGAGGUCAUGUGCGUGUGGAACACUAUCCGAAGAACAAAAUCAAUUACAUUCGGGCUCAUGAUUCGAGAUUAGCUUGUUUGGCUCUUACUAUUGAUGGAAAGUUUCUCGCCACUGCUAGCACUAAGGGCACACUCAUUCGCGUCUUUGAUACGGGGAAUGGUGCUCUGCUUCAGGAAGUAAGAAGGGGUGCAAUUUCAGCAGAGAUCUAUAGUUUGGCAUUCUCUUCUACUGCUCAGUGGUUGGCAGUCUCUAGUGACAAGGGUACUGUUCAUGUCUUCUGCCUUAAGGUUGAUAUCAGCAACAGUGAGCAUAAAAGGUCACAAAGUUCAUCAAACUCCGAUGCUUCUAUUACAUCAUCAAGCUCAUAUCUUUCAUUCAAUAAAUUUAGAAGAGUCUUGCCAAAUUAUUUCAAUUCAGAGUGGUCAGUUGCUCAGUUUCGCUUGCAUGAAGGCUGUCGGUACAGUGUUGCAUUUGGCGACCCAAAUAAUAUACUCACAAUUCUUGGCAUGGAUGGAAGCUUCUAUCGAUGUGAGAUCUACCCGAUGCAUGAUGGACAAAUGACUCAACUUGAAUCUUCUAACUUUCUUAAACCAAAAAUAGCCUUGUGAGACGUUUUGAAUCUUUAGUAAGAUUUUGAGUAGAAACGUUAUUUUAUAGAUGUAGGCAGAACUAACAUUGUUAUUUAGUCCAUUAUAAAAAUUAGAAGCUUGAGAGGUUUAAUGACUCAUUAGCCUCAAAAAUAAGUGAGCGCCUAUAAGAAGUGGUGAAGAUCUUCAAGAGGGUGAACAUUGAACAGAGACUUAAGGUUGUAAAUUCAAAUUUUGGUUUUCAAUUUGAUAUACUCAAGCAGAUACUCUUUCUGGCUCUUAUUUUCCCUAUGUGACACUUUUUUCACAUUUUUCCUUCUCUAUAUUUUAUUUCUUUGUCUAUACACCUCUCAAUCUCAUCUUCACACCCCAUGGAAUGAUACCGGACAAUGUUUAUGUUGGGUUUUAAGUGUGAAAGUGCUAAAGUCUCACAUCAAUUAGGAACGCAGAAAAUGUUAUCUUUAAAAAAGAGGCGACUCAUACUUCCACUGUUUUAAGAUUUGAGAUGGAUAUAUGAGGUCAAGAUUUCUUAGAAAACAUGAAUGUUUGACCCAUUAAAGAGAGGCGACUCAUAACAUUUGACUAUUGUGAAAAAUGAGAAUAAUUAAUUCAUUCAAAUCAAUGGACUACAUUCAUUUUUCUUUUCAUAGUAUUCUUUCAAUAUAACUUAUAUAGGUAAUGUUAAAAUAUAAUUGAUUUGCAUUUUAAGAAAAAAAUAUUCUUUGUAAUGAUAACCAAUUAAAUUAUAUUAUAGAUUUUUUAGCAUAAAGUAGUUUUAUCGACACGGUUUAUUAUUUUAUAAUAAAUAUAAAAAAUUAUUGUCAUUGUAUAAAGAAUAUUUUCUAAUAUAUUUAUAAAAAUUGUUAAUAUAGUCAUGAAUUUAUCAAAAAAAAAAAACUACUAAUAUUUCAGUCACUUAUCCAGUUAUGAACUAAUAUUUCUGCCACUUAUUAAUACACCUACCAAAAUUUCUGCCCUUAGUCCUAAUGACACCAUCACUAAACAUCAUAACCCCAACUAUGCUUCCCUAAUUUACACCCCAACAAUCCCUUUCCAACUUACUCCUCAACCAACCAAUUCUUUCAUCUUAGAAAAACUAAAUUGUGAGACAUUGGAUCAAACUCAAGUAUGGUUGAAGGGUAGUUUUUUGGUUCGACAAUCUGACAAGAUCAUUAGCAUGCCAUCGAAAUCUGUUCAUAUAUUGUAGUCGAAGUAUGCUAGGAUUGUUAGCAUGUUGAAUUUGACCUGUUUGUUAUGUUCAAUUCUUUAAGUUAGUUUGUUCUCUAAGUUAGCUUGUGUAAUGUGCCUGUGUGUAAAAACCUAUUAGUUUAGUGUGUUAGUUUUCUUAUAAAUAACAUACUAGUCUCUCAUCAUUGCAUAACGUAAUUUUUAAUUAGGGUGAGAGAGGUUAUUUGUUAUUUUGUAACACUUGUAAUCUUAUUUCAAAGGGAAAGUAAAGAAUAAUAGUUUAUAAUCAAUUUUAUUGUGUUCUUAUCGUUUUCUUCUUUUCUACCCUUGUGAGUUUCUUAUCGAUCAAGAAAUCAAUUAUAUUUUGUAAUUUCGACAUCUUUUUUCACAACAAAUUGGUGCGGUGAGCGUGGAGAAGAUGCCGUCAACAAAGUAUGAGCCUGAAAAGUUCACCUUGUGGCGCUUGAAGAUGAAAGUCAUAUUGGUUCAGCGAGGUUGUUUAGAAGCGUUGAAUAAAGUCGAAGCCAUGGACGUUGCAUUAACGGACAUAGAAAAAAGAAAGCUAGUUUGUUCCUUUGAUGUUAUAGAGUUUGUUACAAGGUGGAGAUUUGUGAGAUAUUGGAUCAAAUUCUAGUAUGUUUGAAGGGUAACAUCUUGGUUUGACAAUUUGAUAGGAUCAUUAGCAUGUCGUCGAAGUCUGUUCACAUGUUGUAGUCGAAGUAUGCUAUGAUUGUUAGCAUGUUGAAUUGGACCUGUUUGUUAUGCCAAAUUGUUUAAGUUAACUUGUUCUCUAAAUUAGCUUGUGUAAUGGAUCUGUGUGUAAAAUUCCAUUAGCUUAGUGUGUUAGUUUUCUUAUAAAUAGCGGAUCUGUGUGUAAAAUUCCAUUAGUUUAGUGUGUUAGUUUUCUUAUAAAUAGCAUACUAGUCUCUCAUCAUUGCAUAACACAAAUCCUAAUUAGGGUGAGAGAAGUUAUUUGCUAUUCUGUAACACUUGUAAUCUUAUUUCAAAGAGAAAGUAAAGAAUAAUAGUUUAUAAUCAA